AUGAGUUGGUCUGAAAAAGAAGCUGCCUUCAAUAAUGCCGCUGUUCCUGCCAUUAUUUGGGACGGUUAUGCCAAUGUGACAAAAACAAAUGAUUACCCUAAUUCUUUCCCCAGACAUAUCGUCCAGUGUGGAGAAAAGAUUGUCGUCGACUAUGAUAAUGAUUGUCAAACAUGGCCUGAUGAGCAUUCUGGUCCGUUUUCUUGGAAAACUAAGAGUCAACAAGAUUUAACUUUGCUGGAUUUAGAAGCUGAUCAACUGACCAAAAAACCUGAAAAAGCCAGGAAACCUGCAUCUGUUCAAAAUUCUUCCAAAGAAAAUUUUGAAACAAAAACUUGUCCUUGGAAAAGAGAAAAUGGAGGCAUUUGGGAUUCUCCUUUCCUUGCUGCUGAGCGGGGUAUGGAUGCAGUGUUCACAAAUAAACUUGUUGAUCUGAGCUCUUCUGCUCCAACCACAUCAAUAAUUAGUCAAGAAGUGGCAAACCAAGAAUUGAAGGAGAAGAAAUCAGUGAAAGAAGUGAAGAAGCGGCCUACCCCACCUCCUCCACCACCUCCAAACACAACACCAAAGCGAGUUGAUUAUCAUACAAUACCAUUGCCAGAUUCUCAUCCAAAAAAAUCUGGCCAUCGAAAAAGCUAUCGGUCUUCAAAGACUGAAGUGACAGAAGUCUCUCCCCAGAAAUCUCUUUCAAAAACUGAAAAUUCAGAUGAGAAAAAACGUGAUUCAGGGAGAUUUGGCAAUGCUAACCCAACAGAAUCGUCAAUGUCCAAAAGCAAUCUGGCAUUUAGUACUAGUGAUGAAAAAGAGUUUGUGAUCGACUCUGCUCUUAAAGACGUUGAUGAGAGUUCCACUGUUGAAAGGUCAUAUUUUAUUGGGGAGAAAGCCACAAAUGGUGCAGAAGCUUUCUUAACUGAACCAAAAGAAAUGCUCAUUACAGGACGAGAUGAAUACUUUGUUGCUGAUGAAGAUGAGGAGACGACCUCAUUUUCAUCCCAGAAUGAUGAAUCACAGUCUUUACUGAAAACAGAUUCAGAAUUUGAGAAAGCCAACUUGAGUGCCGUGACAUCAAAAGAUCCUCCUGCUGACAAAGAAGAAACAAAUUCAAAGAGGGAUUCUCAAAUUCCAAUGACUGGUUUUGAUUUUCUGGAUGAUUGGUAA